UAGACUGUACAUACAUUUCAAAAAAAAUUUACUGGUUAAAUAAUAAUACUUUUUUGUUUUGUUUUUAUUAAAAAUAUUACUAAAUAAUUUAGAAUUAGUAGAAAAAUAUUUUCGUUGUUGCAACACUGAACAACACAUGUCAAAUUCAAAAUGGCUUCGAAACAACAAAGUGUUGGCGGGACCCGGAACUUACAACUAACUCGCGCCCAUAAGAUCUUGGCUUUGGUACCCGCUCAAAACGCAUGCUCUGACGAUAGUUCCACAUCUGAUGAGGAAGCAAAUGCUUAUAUACCGCCUUCACCAGAUACCUCUGAUCCACCUUCAAUAGCAUCAUCACUAAAUUAUCAAUGGUUAAAAGCAGUAUUUCGUCACAAUGUAUCUCUUGAAGAAAACUUAUACAAUCUCCAUCAAACACAAAUAGAGACAGUACUGGAUUAUUUUUAUUUCUUUUUUUCUCCUGACUUAAUUACUGACAUUGUUUAUAAUACAAAUUUAUAUGCAGUUGAACAACUAGGUCGAUCUAUUCAGCUGACAGAAGAUGAGAUUAAAAGCUUCCUGGCCAUUCAAAUCAUGAUGGGUAUAGUACAGAUGCCAGCUUAUACUGACUAUUGGGCAAGAAAAACAAGAUACCCUCUCAUUGCUGAUCUUAUGCCUCUCAAAAAGUAUCAACAAAUACGUCGAUAUAUUCAUUUUGUUGAUAAUACUUUGCAAGAUUCAGACCGUUAUUUCAAGAUUCGCCCCCUAAUGGAGAAAAUACGCAAAAAUUUUCUGAAAAUUGAAGAAGGAAAAUAUUCCAUUGACGAGAUGAUGAUACCUUAUAAAGGUCGUAAAGCAGGUAAACGAAAGCAGUACAUAAAAAUGAAACCUAAGAAAUGGGGGUUUAAGAAUUUUGUCCGUGCGGGUGUUUCGGGUAUCAUCUACGAUUUUAUUCUGUAUGGUGGCGACGAUACCUUUCGUGGACUGACUUUUUCAGAGAAAGAAGCUACAAUUGGUUUAGGAGGUAUGGUAGUGCUUGCAUUGUGUCAAACUAUAAAGAAAAAGCCGGCCAUUGUGUAUGCUGAUAACUUUUUUAUGUCGCCUGAACUAACAUAUAUUCUGCGGGAAGAAUACGGGAUCCUUAGUCUAGGAACAAUAAGGACUAAUCGUCUCAGAGGCUGUCAAGAGUUAUUGCCAACUGACAAACAAUUAAAAAAGAAGAAACGCGGUUCUAGCGCCCAGGUGGUUUGCAAUAAGAAUAAGUUGGCAGUCGUAAAGUGGAACGACAAUAAAGUGGUUACACUUAUUAGCACCUACAUAGACUCGUACCCCUUAGAAACAAUCAAACGAUACGAUAAGGAUGAGAAAAAGAAAGUAGAUGUAGAAUGUCCUCAAGUGGUCAAACAUUACAACAAACAUAUGGGAGGGGUCGAUUUAGCAGAUAUGUUGAUAUCGUUAUAUAGAACUCCCUUCAAAAGUCACCGUUGGUACUUGGGAAUAUUUUCACAACUUGUUGAUAUGUGUAUAAAUAACGCUUGGCUCCUACAUAGAAGAGAUGGGAAGAAGACUUCAUUGAAAGAUUUCAGAUUUGAAUUGUUUGAUGGGUUGUCUAAGUCUAAUAGAAUAGGAACAAACCAAAACGUUACAGACGAUAUAGGCGAGAAUCUGAAAAUCCAUAAACCAGUCUCAGUCCGACCAACUGAUAGCGUCAGAUUUGAUAACACAGGUGAUCUUCCAGAAGCAGGUAAUGAAACAAUGCGUUGCAAAUAUUGUAAGAGUGGAAGAACAUCUGUCUACUGUAUAAAAUGUAACGUACAUUUGUGUUUUGUUGUGGGAAAAAUAAAACGUAAUUGCUUUCGUAAUUUUCACCUAAAAUAAUAAAGAAUAAUUUAAAUAUUUCCUCCUUUUUUUGAAAUAAAUUUAUAAUAACCUGAAUAAUGUAAUUCAUUAUGUCCUUGGUAGUGUACACCAAAAUGUACAAACAAUUUAUUUAUAAUAUUUCUGUAAAAUUGGCAGUGUACAUUGUGAUGUACUUAAGUUUUCUCGAAACCUAGGAUACCUAGAUUUUUAUUUUUAUUUUUCUCAAGUUGUCCAUUCAUAAAUUAAACAAAAUUUAUCAAUAAUUUCCUUUUUUUUCAUAUUUUUAGUUCUUGCCAAGU